GCGGUGGUGGUUGUGGUGAGGCUGAGAUGAGCGUGGCGGGAAGGGAUGAGGACAGGCUCACCAGCCGAGAUGUCCUCUACGUACCCGACAAGAAGGACCAAAACGAACCAUGCUGCUCCACGCUAAAGCUGUUCAUCAUAGCACUGUCAUUUGCGCACUUCUCCAAAGCGUUGUCGGGUACCUACAUGAAGAGUGCCAUCACGCAGAUCGAACGCCGCUUCGACCUCUCCAGCUCCCUCAUUGGAUUCGUAGACGGCAGCUUCGAGAUGGGUAAUCUCCUGUUCCUGGCGUUCGUGAGCCACUUCGGGGCUAAGAUGCACCGGCCGCGUCUGAUCGCCAUUGGCUGCUUCCUCAUGGCUCUUGGAUCAGCACUCACCGGACUGCCACACUUCUUCAUGGGACGGUACACAUUUGACACAGUGAUCCAGAGUUGGCAGAAUGAGAGCAGCAGAGUGAGUCCCUGUGUGGCCCCAAAAGGACAGGACUACCCCAAAGUCAGGAUGGAAAUCACACAGGACACUGACACAGACUGUGUGAAGGACUCGGGAUCUCACAUGUGGAUCUACGUGUUCCUGGGGAACGCCCUGAGAGGUAUCGGGGAGACACCUGUCACUCCGCUUGGAAUCUCCUACAUCGAUGACUACGCCAAGGCCGAAAACUCAGCCUUCUAUAUCGCCUGUCUUCAGACCAUCACCCUGCUAGGGCCCAUGUUUGGCUUCCUGUUGGGGUCCAUGUGCGCCAGACUCUAUGUGGACAUUGGUUUUGUUGACGUUGACACGGUAACCAUCACCUCUAAAGAUGCCCGCUGGGUGGGCGCGUGGUGGUUGGGCUUCCUGGUGUCGGCGGGCAUCAUGCUGCUUGCGGGCAUCCCCUUCUGGUUCCUGCCACGUUCUAUGCCCAAGCAGGGCGAGCUGCCCGAGAACCCGUACGAGCUCGGACCUCCCCUACCAACCGCCGAAGAGCGCAAACUCAGUGCCAUUGCCAAAGGCUUCCUGCCCUCCCUGAAGCGUCUCCUGACCACGCCCGCCUACUUCCUGUUGCUGUGCGGGGCGGUGCUUAAGUUCAACUCCUUCAUUGGUCUGCUUACCUUCAAGGCCAAGUACAUGGAGCAGCAGUUCGGCCAAUCAGCAGCGAGGGCCAACUUUCUGAUUGGUGUGUUGAACCUGCCGGUGGUGGCGGUGGGCAUCUUCCUGGGCGGCCUGUUGAUGAAGCGCUACCGGCUGAGCGUGGUGGCCGGAGCCCAGCUCUCCUUCCUCACCUCCAUCUCCGCAUACCUCCUGCUCAUGCUGCACUACAGCACCAAGUGUGACAACGUCCAGGUGGCCGGACUCACCGUGGCCUAUAAUGGCACCCCGUCGGUGUCGCCUGAAGGCCAGUCUCUGAUGUCCGAGUGUAACAGCAGGUGCUCCUGCACUGCUGAGGAGUGGGACCCCGUCUGCUCCCAGAAUGGCAUCACUUAUGUCUCCCCCUGCCUAGCGGGGUGCACUGCCUCCACUGGACACGGGAAAGACACGGUGUUCCACAACUGCACCUGCGUGUUGGCCACCUCGCCAGUAGAUGGCAGCACCUCCGUGUCGUUGGGCCAGUGCCCGCGCGGCCCCGACUGCAGUCGCAGCUUCACCUCCUACAUGGCCGUCUCCGUGCUCAGCUCCUUCAUCAACUCCCUCGGCACCACGCCCGGAUACAUGAUCAUCAUCAGGUGUAUUAGUCCUGAGCUGAAGUCACUAGCUCUGGGGAUCCAAACACUGGUCAUGAGGACAUUGGGGGGUAUUCCAGCGCCGGUGUAUUUCGGGGCUCUGAUUGACAUGACCUGUCUGAAAUGGGGCACCAAGAAGUGUGGAGGCAGGGGGGCUUGCCGAAUGUACAACACAGACAUGUACAGGGUGAUCUUCCUGGGCCUCAUAACCUGCCUCAGCGGAUGCUCCUACUUCUUCAUCGUCGGCGUGAUCGUGUUGCUACGGCGACAGUUCUACAAGGACAAAGCCAUGCCCAAACAGCAAACCGCCGGCCCCAAACCUGGCGCUGGCAUCGAGCUCAUAAACCAGCCCCCGUACACCUUACCCGAACCCGACUACGAGCCCACCCACCUACCCGCUAAGCCAGGGGACAGGGGUGUCCCCAUCGUCCCUCAUACCCCCAACGACCUGGAAGUGGGGUCGAGGAAGACCAAAGCCCAGGCCACCCCCACCACAAAGCGCAAGCGGGACGGCUCUCAGGGAGACACGGAACCGCACUCCUCUCCUACCACCUCUCAUAGAACCGAGAAUUCUAGAACCCCGAGCCCGUCCACCAGUAGAGAACGGGCUGACACGGAGGAGAGUCAGUACGGCGAAGGCGACUACGGUGAAGCCGAGAGCCAUUAUAUGGAUGUCACGCCCGCAACGCAACUAGCCAAUGAGAAUCAGCGUACAGAUGACACACCCACGUCGCCAGCCGAUGACGACCAGAGUAUAAGCGUCACACACACUUCCUGAGAGGGCGGGUCAUAGACAUGAAUGCUGUCGUGUACAUGUCUAUGGGGCGAAUGAUAGAGUAGAGACUCAAUGGGUGCGGGUUAUUCUUGUUCCUCUUGUCCUUUCCUCGGUGUCACCCCCCCUCCACACCCUGCCUACGUGGACAGAACAAUAAAGUUUCCCUGCUGUCAGUUUUUUGGGAACUUUCCCGACAACAUCUCAGUUGUAAAGGAGGGAAUGAUUCCUGAAUCAGGUUAUUUUGUAUGAAGCUCAAUAAAAAAAAUUGAUCAUCGAUGACAUCGAUCCUUACGUCACAAGGCGUGAGGUCACAGGAGGCGACAGGAGGGACAAGAAUGACUUGAAGCCUAAGUCACCCCUUUCCAUAGGACCCAUGGGACCUUAGCUCUGAUCCCUAUAAUACACAAAAAUAAAUCAACAUGGACAUAAACAUACACAUUACAUGUACUGUAUAUACUAUGUCUAUGGAUGCCAGAGCCAUUCUCUCUAAAUGCGUGAUUU